AUGGUGCCGGGACGGCGGCGGCGCCGGGAGAGCGACUGCGGCUGCAGAUACAAAGGAGAGGAGGAGAGAAUUCAGAAUACAAUUAAAAUGACAACCUCCUGGAGUGAUCGAUUACAGAAUGCAGCAGAUCUGCCUGCUAACAUGGAUAAACAUGCCCUGAAAAAGUAUCGGCGAGAAGCCUAUCAUCGGGUGUUUGUGAACCGAAGUUUAGCCAUGGAGAAAAUAAAGUGUUUUGGUUUUGAUAUGGAUUAUACACUUGCUGUAUACAAGUCCCCAGAGUACGAGUCCCUUGGUUUUGAGCUUACUGUGGAGAGAUUAGUUUCUAUUGGCUAUCCUCAGGAACUGCUCAGCUUUGCUUAUGAUUCUACAUUCCCUACCAGGGGACUUGUCUUCGAUACACUCUAUGGAAAUCUUUUGAAAGUUGAUGCCUAUGGAAACCUCUUGGUCUGUGCACAUGGCUUUAACUUCAUAAGGGGACCAGAAACUAGAGAGCAGUAUCCAAAUAAAUUUAUCCAACGAGAUGACACUGAAAGAUUUUACAUUCUGAAUACAUUAUUCAACCUACCAGAAACCUACCUGUUGGCCUGCCUAGUAGAUUUUUUUACUAAUUGUCCCAGAUAUACCAGCUGUGAAACAGGAUUUAAAGAUGGGGACCUCUUCAUGUCUUACCGGAGUAUGUUCCAGGAUGUCAGGGAUGCUGUUGACUGGGUUCAUUAUAAGGGCUCCCUUAAAGAAAAGACAGUUGAAAAUCUUGAGAAGUAUGUAGUUAAAGAUGGAAAAUUGCCUUUGCUUCUGAGUCGGAUGAAGGAAGUAGGGAAAGUAUUUCUUGCCACCAACAGUGACUAUAAAUAUACAGAUAAAAUUAUGACUUACCUGUUUGAUUUCCCACAUGGCCCCAAGCCUGGGAGCUCCCAUCGACCAUGGCAGUCCUACUUUGACCUGAUCUUGGUGGAUGCACGGAAACCACUCUUUUUUGGAGAAGGCACAGUACUUCGUCAGGUGGAUACUAAAACUGGCAAGCUGAAAAUUGGUACCUACACAGGGCCCUUACAGCAUGGUAUUGUCUACUCAGGAGGUUCAUCUGAUACAAUCUGUGAUCUGUUGGGAGCCAAGGGCAAGGACAUUUUGUAUAUUGGAGAUCAUAUUUUUGGGGACAUUUUGAAGUCAAAGAAACGACAAGGAUGGCGAACUUUCUUGGUGAUUCCUGAACUUGCACAGGAGCUUCAUGUCUGGACUGAUAAGAGUUCGCUUUUUGAAGAGCUUCAGAGCUUGGAUAUUUUCUUGGCUGAACUCUACAAGCACCUUGACAGCAGCAGCAAUGAGCGCCCAGACAUUAGCUCCAUCCAGAGACGAAUUAAGAAAGUAACUCAUGACAUGGACAUGUGCUAUGGGAUGAUGGGAAGCCUGUUUCGCAGUGGCUCCCGGCAAACCCUUUUUGCCAGCCAGGUGAUGCGUUAUGCUGACCUCUACGCCGCAUCUUUCAUCAACCUGCUGUAUUACCCGUUCAGCUACCUCUUCAGAGCUGCCCACGUCUUGAUGCCUCAUGAAUCUACGGUGGAACACACCCAUGUAGAUAUCAAUGAGAUGGAGUCCCCGCUCGCCACUCGGAACCGUACUUCAGUGGAUUUCAAAGAUACUGACUACAAGCGGCACCAGUUGACACGGUCGAUUAGUGAGAUUAAACCCCCCAACCUAUUCCCACUGGCCCCCCAGGAAAUCACACACUGCCAUGAUGAAGAUGAUGAUGAAGAGGAGGAAGAGGAAGAAUAA